AUGACUGCCUGUGAGGGACGGCAAAGGACAAUGUACCCCGGGCAGCACAGCGGGUCCCCUUGGGCCUCCCCCAGACCGAAUAUCAGGGGGGAAAGUCCUGGCAGGCGGCAGAGAGCCCGGCCCUGGCAGAGGCCGCCGGGCGCUCCGGGAGCGCUGCCAGCGCCGGAGGCGGCCCGAGCCUGGGCCCGGGCACAAACAGCUCCUUCAUCCAGCGGGGCGGGAGCCGGGCCCCGGAGCGCCCCGGGACAGGGUGCGGCGGCCCCGCGCUGCCCGGGACGCCGGCUCUUCCAGGCGGGACCGGGGGCCUCCUCCUCACCAGACACACCAAUCCACAGGCAGAAGCAGUGGUUCCAAGAGACCUUCACUUACCUUUUUGCCAUCAGCAACUCAGCCGAGGCAUCAGAGGCUGGCAUUCACCUGGUCUCUGGUUGGCAGGUCUUUAAAAGCCCUCCUAAGGAGGAGUUACCUUUCUGGUCAGAUAUUGUGCUGGGAUUUCGACCAAUGUCCGAAGCAGAACUCCAGAAGUUCCCGCAGCACCGAUUUGGUCAGGCCUUUACAACCCUGAAAUGUGACUGCCCACCCUACCUGCUGUGGCUGGAGAAAAGGUUGAAAGCAACUGGCACCCAGAUGUACACCAGGAAAGUGGCAGACUUGUGGGAGCUGCACAGAGAAUAUGACAUCGUUGUCAACUGCACAGGCAUGGGAGCCCACCAGCUGGUGGGGGACGAGCAGCUCUUCCCUGUCAGGGGACAAGUACUCAAGGUUCACGCUCCUUGGGUGACACAGUUCAUCCGGGAUGGAGAUGGCUUAACUUACAUCUACCCAGGGAUACACAGAGUGACCCUGGGGGGAACCAGGGAAAAGGGGAGCUGGAGUCUCUCCCCUGAUGCUGGCACUACUAGAGACAUCUUUGACAGAUGCUGCUCCCUUGAGCCCUCACUGCAGGGAGCUCAGGAUAUCGAGGUGAAGGUGGGCCUGAGGCCAUCCAGGCAGUCUGUGAGAGUGCAGAGAGAGGUUUUGAGCCAAGGAGGAAUUAAGCUCCCAGUGGUCCACAACUAUGGGCAUGGGGCAGGUGGCUUUUCAGUGCACAGGGGCACAGCCAAAGAGGCUGCUCUCCUGGUGGAAGAGUGCAUUUCUGCUCUGCAAGCCUCCUCAUCAAGGGCUAAGCUUUGAAUCCCAGAGGCUCCUUUUCCAUUUACAGCUAGUGCUGAAUUUCCUAGCAGCAGCUUGAACUUUAGGUCCAUUACUGUAUAGAAGGGAGCUAAGUCAACAUCUUGUUCCAGUGCAGAUACUCAGUGGUAUCUGUAACCACCUUGGAAAGGCAUGAUGUGUUGAUCCAUGUAUUAGCCCAGCUGAUCAUCUCCUCCAUCUGCCCUGGGCAUUUAUCUUAGUCUCAUGUGAAGAAGACAAGAUACAUAAAUACUCUUCACAUAACAGGGAUCAGAUUGCUGCAAUAUAAUACAAAUAACAUCAAUUUAGCAUUUCUGCACCUGCAUCUAAAGAGUGUCAGAUGCAGUAGGCUCAGAUUCAGUAAAAAUAGUAAAAAAGGUCUCCUCUUGUACCAAAUUUAAUCUAGAGUUGCCCUUGCUUCUGCCGCCUUGCUGACAAAUUUUAUCAUUGUCUCUAGGAUUUAAAAGGCAAAGAAAACCCCAUGCAGUGCUGCACUGCAGUGCUGCAUUACAUGCUCCAGGUCAGCUCUUAUAGAAAGCAGUGUUAGGUCACUGUCACACACAGUGACCAGGCAAGUGUGAUUUUAAGAGCAGGUCUGUAAUACCCAUCGCUGUAUUUGCUCAUAUUGCACCUCAGGGAACUUAAAGUUUCUGCUAAUAUUGGCCCACAUGAGCUCCAGUUUUGUGUGUCUUUUCUCAUGCUAGUUUGCAAAUCUGUUUUUUCCCUUCAAGGCCCUCAGAUUUUGCUCUCAAACACCAGUGAUUUCCCCCCCGGCCCCUCCCCUCCUCCCCCACAUGACAUUGAUAUGGCCUUUGUUCUACUGAAGAGGAUUUCUCAGAGUGGGCUGGGGAAUACAGCAUCCCUUUUCUACUUCACAACAACACUGUCUGAUUUCCUUGCAACAGCUGAUAGGAAUAAAUUGGAGACAAACCAACAAGGAUUCUAACACCAUCAUUGGUUUUGUAGAAGAGCCAUUUAAGACUGGGUAAACACUCUAAAGAAAAAUGUGUCUGUAACUGGACCAGGAGCGAGCUCCUGUGCUGUAAGAAAGCUGAGUCCUCUGCUCACUCCAUGGCAGAGGCUCUGCUGGGCUUUACACUCUCCUCAGCAAUUCAAACCCUUUGAUGUGUCUGAAGAUAAUCACUCCCCAAAACUGGAUCUUACCACCAAAGUACAAGUCUGACUCUUAGUGAUUAAAUGACUCAUUAAAUCUUUAAUGGCUCAUUUGAGAGUGUUAUCAUCCAUUUUUGUCUAGCUUUUUUGUCCAUAGAAUUACAAAACCAUUCAAAAUCCUUCAAUAAUUCCAGUGAUUAAAAUUAACGGAUAAAUAAAGUUCUAAUAAUGGA